UGCUCCUCGUCAGUAUUUUAAGGCCCGGCCCAGUCCUUAGAGUAUCCGUUUUUACAGUUUUCGGCUGUUAUUUCCUUGGCUCUUGGUACUGGACAUCGGCAUUCUGAGAUUGGUUCUUCUUCUAACACAGUUACUCAGUGAAAUCUCUAAUAAGCGGCUCUGUUUAACUUAUCUCUGAUCCAUGAAUGGCGACCUGUAGUGUUGGGCUUCAACGUUUGUCUGUGUUAUCCUGUACAAAUGUGGUUUUUUUAAGAAGACCCAACAAGUCGUUAUCUACAGCAGUUACCUUGGCGAAUGGGUUUGCAGCCAUUAAGUCAAACCAGAUAAUAAGAAGCUGCUCCUCUACCACCAAUGCAUUUGUGGUUGCUGAUGAUGAAAAGUACGGCAAUAAACAGAUUAUUAGUAUCACUCCUCGCCUUUAUGAUUACAUACUCACCAACGUUCGAGAACCAGAGAUUUUAAGGCAACUUCGGGAAGAGACAGCAUCUAUGCGUGGUAGUCAAAUGCAGGUGUCCCCAGACCAGGCACAACUACUUGCAAUGCUGGUGCAGAUUCUUGGCGCAGAACGGUGUAUUGAACUUGGUGUUUACACUGGUUAUUCGUCAUUGGCCGUAGCAUUAGCCUUACCUGACUCAGGUCUCUUAGUUGCUUGUGAAAGGGAUGCUAGAUGUCUUGAAGUAGCAAAAAAGUAUUAUGAUCGAGCCAAAGUUUCACAUAAGGUGAAAGUGAAACACGGACUUGCAGCAGAUAUCCUAAAAUCCUUGAUUUUAAAUGGUGAAGCAUGCAGUUAUGAUUUUGCAUUUGUUGAUGCUGAAAAAAGAAUGAAUCAGGAAUACUACGAAUUAUUAUUGCAACUGGUGAGAGUUGGCGGCGUCAUUGUGAUUGACAACGUCCUUUGGCAUGGAAAAGUUGCCGAUCCAUUGGUGAAUGAUGCCAAGACUGCCAGCAUUAGGAGUUUCAAUAAGAGCCUCGUGGAGGACCAGCGUGUAAGCAUCAGUAUGGUACCAAUUGGAGACGGGAUUACGAUAUGCAGAAAAAGAUAACCGCAUAGUAGUUGAUGAUAGGUUACUAAGCAGUCAAUCCAGAACAUAUGCUGUGAUACAAAACCAAGGAUUCAUACAUCAGAUGUGGCUAGAUGUGGGGAUGAAAUCAGAUGGGGAAAGAUUCAAAGGAUUUGCUUUAAUUGUUUGGCAGAAAAUUUACAUAAUGGAUCAAGCUCGUACAAGUGUCUUGUUCAGCAUUUCUGGAAAAGCUUGAGUAAGUUUUUGUGUUUGAAUUUGAAAAACCACUGGGAUUCAUGCAUAUGUAAUUAAUGUAUGUGCAUAGAGAGAGGGUACAUUUCUGAGCAAGUUAUUGUGCAAAUUUAUAUUCUACAGAGUUGAACUACUAUAACCGAAGUAAUUGGAAAAAUACAUAUUCUGAAAGCUUAAAUUGAUGUAGUAAAAAAAUCAAUAUUACUUUUAUUUCAGAAA